CUAGUGCGGAUUGCGGGCUCAACUUGUUUGCCCGCUAAACUUGUUUGACUGGUGUCGUGUCCCGGGUUCAUGUUCUUUAUUAGAAAAUUUUCAAUCGUAGAUCGAGAAAGGGAUCGAACGAUGCUCUGAUUUAUAGGCAGAGUUACUAUUACUUUACACUGGCAAUCAUGGCGGGAAGAAUAGACCUAGACACGCCACGCUGGGACCAGUCAACCUUUACUGGCCGCUUCAAACAUUUCCUGGCAAUUACUGACUGGACUAAAAGUUUUCACACAAACAAAGAACUUGAUGAUGCAAAGGACUUGGUAGAGAAGUAUAGGAGAGGAGAGGAGCCUGCUGGGGUGUCUGUAGAAGACUUAUGGAAUGCCAAGCAUCUGGCAGACUCCGCCUUUCACCCUGACACAGGUGACAGAAUGAAUCUGAUUGGUCGCAUGACUUUUCAAGUUCCUGGAGGAAUGGCUAUCACUGGUGCUAUGUUGCAGUGGUACAGAACUGUUCCUGCUGUGGUGUUCUGGCAAUGGGUCAAUCAAUCAUUCAAUGCUCUUGUCAAUUACACAAACAGAAAUGCAAAGUCAGAAAUCACCAACAAGCAGAUAGGAAUAGCAUAUGCUUCAGCAACCACUAGUGCAGUUGCUGUAUCUGUAGGAUUCAAUCAUCUAGUUAAGACUGCACCCCCCUUGCUGGCUAGGUAUGUCCCGUUUGUUGCAGUGGCAGCUGCCAACUGUGUCAAUAUCCCACUUAUGAGACAAAGGGAGCUUGCCCACGGGAUUGUUGUGUUUGACAAGCAUGGUAAUGCUAUUGGUCCAUCUAAAAAGGCUGCUGUCAAAGGCAUCUCUCAAGUAGUUAUCUCUAGAGUAACUAUGGCAGCUCCAGGAAUGUUAAUAAUACCCAUUAUCAUGGAAAAACUAGAGAGAUAUUCUUUUAUGCAGAGGAUACGCUUUCUCCAUGGCCCUCUACAGAUGCUGUUAUGCGGUGUUAGCUUGUCUUUGAUGGUCCCUGCAGCAUGCUCAAUAUUUCCACAGAAAUGCUCAAUGAAUGUAGAUCAGCUGGAACCCGAACUACAAGAGAAAAUUAAAAAGAUGGGAGGUCCUACCAUUGACAAAGUCUACUUUAAUAAGGGGCUUUGAUCCUGUAUUAGAAUAGGCAGUAUUUUAUAUAUUAAACACCCCCGGUCACAAUAGCACAAGUGUAUGGCAUAUUUAUGGUAAUAAAGGGCUUGAAACACAUUUCUGCAGAUGCAAAGUUUAUUUAAUUUUAAGGCUGAAUAGUAAUUUUUUUAUACCAGUGAGAUUAAAGCCUAAUUGCCCUUCUUUUCAUCAAAGGAAUAACCAGGAGUUCAUGAUUUUUAUGUAAUAUUAAUUAGUAAGUUUUUGGGGGUUUAGGACUGUGUGUUAAAAUUGCUUUUGUUGCAAAAUACAAUUCAUUAGCCCUCUUCUGGCUAUUCCUCUGUGAAGCUUAUAUAUUAGUCUGUGCAGGUGCAAUUACAAAAUCUUUAUAAUGAUUUAAAGGCUGUAUGCAUUUAAGAUAAGUUUGUUAAUCUCAAAAAUUAAAUAGCUUUGAUUUGCAAAGAAAUGGAAAUGUAUGACAGGCCCGUAGCCAGGGUUUUUUUUGAAGAACUUUGAGUGGAAGGUCUGCUCAAAUGCAAGAAUAUCGAGAAACACUUGUGGGCUAUAGGAGGAAGUAUCUUUAAAAAAUGCUCCGCUUAACAUGUAAACCAAGCUAAACACCCUGGCUCAGGGCCUGUAAGGUGGAUUAUUUAGGACGGAAACCUUCUUAAAACCAACAGCCUUUGAAGCAAAAAAUACACUAAAAAUACUAUUUUACACUUUACAAACAUAAUGCAUGUCUGAGAGUGACAUGAAUCUACAAUAUUAUACUGUAACAAACAUAAUAAAUGUAUUAAAGAACCUUUAACGUUAUAUGUUUUAGACAGCAUCAUAAUAAGAUGGCAGUUUUUAUCUGAUACAGAUGCACAAAUCCUAGGUCUAAUUUAUUAGUAUAGCAUAUUCUAAGAUCUUUAUUGUUAAAAGCCCAGCAUUUUUCCCUGUUUUUUUUUUCAAAGUGUGCAGUUAAGCACACUGCCCUGCAUAUUUAUUCCAGUUCAACUGUUGGAGAUUAUCCAUUAGACAGUUUUGUUGCUUCUCAACUGCUCUGUGCAUAAAUUAUUUUUAUCAAAGGUUCAUUGAAGAAAAGGUUUAAAAUCCAAUUAUUAUGAGAGAUAUUAAAAAUAGGACUUGAAUUCAAAAACUAAUUUUCAUACAAUCAAUUUUCAAGCUCAAUACUGUAGACAAAUAAUAGAAAAUAAACAAUUAUUGAUAAAACUUCUUGUUAGGAUAUAAAAUGGAUUAGUGGUGUUUAAGCAUUCCAUAUGUUUAUCUUUGCACUUUAUGUGCUUACAGAAUAAAUGGUGAAGAAAUACA